GUCACUUGGGAGGUAAUCACUGAGACAUAUUGCCUAUCCUUCACACAAAAAAUCCCUGGUAACCAGCUCGUCUAUGGGCUGUUCUAGAAAGCUUGCUGAAGAUGGCAUUAGGCUACCAGUUUCCCUCCUUAACGACCAUUAUAUGCGGUGUAUUUGUGGCCUAUGUUAUCCAGUCAACAUGGACUCUAGGCCAGCUCUUCAUUCCUCCCAACUGUCCAGAUCCAACCCAGUGCAUACAUCCACUUAUUGCCCAAGACCCUAAACUACAGUUGCUGGCAUUUACGUCACAGAAAAUAAUGCCCGAGUAUGCAAGUGAUCUUCGUCUGGUUCACCAAGUACAGGAGUUUGACUACUCCACGGAGAAGGAGACAGUCGUGUUGGUGCCCAUACCCAAGAAAGUUCGCAACAAUGGCACAAUGUACCUUCACAUUUUCCUGACCUCGAGUGGAGUUGACCCGGAUGACUGGGGAAGUGUGGUGAAUGACGAGCUCUCUGUGUACGGCAUGGCUCACUUAACACAAUUCCAUAUUCCUGAUGCCACAACUUUCAACUUACUUGGCAAGGAGAAUGAAAAGGAGGAGAAGCCAUCUGACCACGAACAGAAACCCGUAACACACUUCCAGUCAGUAGUGGUUUUCAACGUUCUCACCCAUACUGUCAGUCUUCCACGCAAAGAGAUGCCCUAUGACAUUGGCCAUUCCUUGAGGAUACAUUCCAGUGGUCGCUACUUACCAAUACUCUACGUUGAUCGUCUGAGUGCUCGACUUCGUGAUCUGGUAGAAGUGAAGUCAUCCUCGGUGGAAGCGAACCUUACUCUUAAAUAUUCUCCUAUAUCUUACGGGAAAUUAAGAUUAUGGAUGCAGUUUGAAGGGGCCCUGACACCAAUGGCACACCUUGGUUUCACACCCAAAGAUCUGGAUGAAGUGAAGGGCAUUUUCUCGGACACAAACCUCUACUUUCUUUUUAUAACAUUCCUUGUUGCAGCCCUGCAUAUGCUGUUUGAUUUCCUAGCCUUCAAAAAUGAUAUAUCAUUCUGGCGGACACGUAAGACCAUGGCUGGGAUCUCUACUUCUUCUGUUGCAUGGCGAGCCAUCUCCCAGAUAAUUAUCUUUUUAUACCUUAUGGAUGAGAACACAAGCAUGUUGGUCUUAGUGCCAGCUGGGGUGGGAGGAAUCAUUGAGCUAUGGAAAGUAACAAAGGCUUUCCAUAUAAAGUUUCAUGGCUGGCGUCCAAGAUUCCAUACUUCAAGGACCUCUGCUGAGAGUGCCACCCAAGAGCUAGACUCACAAGGAAUCAAAUAUCUCAGCUAUUUGCUCUACCCAUUAAUAAUUGGUGGUGCUGUGUACUCUCUCAUGUACACUCCUCACAAAAGUUGGUACUCCUGGGUGAUUAACUGCCUGGUGAAUGGUGUUUAUGCUUUCGGGUUCCUCUUUAUGCUUCCACAAUUGUUUAUUAACUACAAGCUGAAGAGUGUUGCACAUCUACCAUGGAAAGCCUUCAUGUAUAAAGCCUUCAACACAUUUAUAGAUGAUCUGUUUGCCUUCAUCAUCACGAUGCCAACAGCCCAUAGAGUCGCAUGUUUCAGGGACGACAUAGUCUUUGUCAUCUACCUUGUUCAGAGAUGGCUGUAUCCAGUUGACAAGAGCCGCCUAAAUGAGUUUGGUGAGUCUGGGGAAGAGAAACAGUCACAGCCACAGCCAAACCAGAAGAAGUGUAAAAAGGAAUAAGCAUCAGGUUCAUUAGGCAUGUUGUAUGUAGAGAUGACAAUAAGAAAAAUACAUUGAAGGAUACAAGACAAUCAAAGAACAUUAAAGUAGAGCAAGUAAAGCAAGUAAUUAAUAUCACGCGCAUACGCACACAUGUGUGCACAUGCACACACAGCUUUUGUGCAUACAGACUGCAGCACAAGUUUAUGUAGUGUAGGGUAGUUAGCACCUGUUUCUUUGAUUAUUUAUUGUUAACUGUGUUCACAGUAGAUUGUGUUAGAACCACUAAGUACAGUACUGUAGUAGUAUCUUAACCUGGGGUUGUUGGUGCUCACAUCAGUGUACUGUACAGUAUCAUAUACAAGUUAGAACUUUAAGUGGCUAGACAAGUCACUUAUGACUGAUGGUGACCCUUGUGACGUUUUUCAUUAUUUAUCAGUUGUUUGCACAUACCAGUCACAUCAUUUAGCUGAUAAUAUGAUGACUUAAGAUUUAUAAAAGAAUCUUGUUUUUUCUGAAUCACUGAAUGGUCUUGUAUACAUCAAUGUCAUAUCUGAGGUACAGUAUACAUCUGUCAUAACCACAACUAUAUUUACACGCAUAUCAUACAGUUGUCACUACACUUGAAUGAUGCUGUGGACUUAAAGCCAACUCAGUAAUUGUGUCACAUUCCUCUCCAAAGACCCCAAGGUAAAACUUAUCAGUACUUAAAGUUGAUUUGUAGGUUUACAUAUUACUAAACCCAGCAAUUUUCAGUAGGGGUAGUAUCAUAACCCAUACUACUGUGUAAGUCUUUAUUUUCUGUAAACAAUAUUUCUCAGAAAUUAUUUAUUCUGGUGUAUUUUGUUUAACUUUUUUUUAUAUCCAGAGUGGGUUUGAAUCUUCGUUUUGGCAUAGUUUACCUGAACUAGUGGCAGUAAAAGUAAAUAUAUCUUGCCACACGUAACACAUCAUUUGUGGAAAGUGGUCAUUACAUGUCCAUUAUUUUUCCUGCAUUGGAAUUUAAAUUCGUCUGGUAUAACCUGAUGAAUUUUAUAUUUGCUCAUGGUUUUAUAGAAUUCAGGGAUUAUAUUUCAGUGCAAAAGGAUGUGUGGAAAAAUGGAUUGAAGUGACCUGUUGUUAUGGUCAGAGGACAUAUUUAUUCACAAUGUUUCAAACAUACUUUCUGCCGAAUGUCUGAGUUUACUUAGUUUUGUCAAGAGAAGUGUAACCAGAGACAGCUAUGUGACAUCCAGAAAUAUCAAGCACAUUUGAAGAAAUUUAUUGAGGACUAAAGGAGACUUACAAAAAUGACAAUGUUUUCUGGAAAUGAGGUUGCUCUUUCUGUAAAUUAAUUAUCAUUAUGUUUCCAGUUAAAUAAAUAUGAAUUGACCUAGUCUCUCCAUUGAUGCUGUUUGCACAAAUUUAGGAGCCUCUGAUACAAAUUCCAAGCAACAGAAUUAGUUCUGUGACCAUGGGUUCACCUUUAAAUUUGGUUUGGAAUGAACAUACACAUAGAUUUAAUGUUCAGGAAGUCAGCAUUCUAAAAGAAAACCACUUUUUGUUAUGAGUACAUAUCCAAGUCUCUUAUUAUGGGGUUGAACAAACAUUCCAAAGUUUAAUCCGCUGAGAAAGGUAUUUUUUGUCUAAUACCGGUAGUUUACUGUACCCUGAAUUUUGAGGACCUUGAUUGACCAAGGAAGUUAUUCAGUUCAUGUUGUUUUUGUGGUCUUAUUUUGGGGUAUUUUAAGGUAUGGGUAGUGUAGUGUAUGAACCACCUUUCUCUGCUAAAUAAAAUUGUCUGGUGUCAGCCAAAUAAAAUAUUAAAAGUUGUGUUUCAUAGUGAAGGGGUUAAUGUUUGAUCAUGACUUAUCAGUACAUUCCUUCAUUGUUUGUGCACAUUGGUAUUGUGCAAAUGUGCACAUGCAGUUGUACAUACAUACAGUAUAUUGAUUGAUAUGAUGGACAUAAGUUUAUAUGACAUACUGUACAGGUACAGUAUUUGAAAUUGUCGAUACCUUCAGAAAUUUUUUUUAUAAAGCAGGGUUAGAGUUCUGAUGAUCAUUUUGUUCACUCAUAUUGGAAAAUUAUCUAGCAUAUAUGUGUAUGCACAAACUUGAAUGCAUAUAUGAAUAUAUAUGCACUGGAGUUUAGACACAUGUUAUAACAAUACAAUACAUGUGGACUGUAAAGAGAAGCAUUUGCUUUAUGUACUGUAGUUUAGAAAAAAUCAACAAAUUUUUUACCCAUUUUUAUUUAUUUAAUUACAUAUUAAUGGAAUAGUUACAUUAAUGUUUGAAUAUGUGUUUAUUAUUCAACAUGCCCCCCUUUUGCUUCAGUAUACAUGUUUGGAGAUGUUGAGUAAAAUUGUCCAAACAUUUGCACUAAUGGUAUGGGAUGUGAUGCAAAUAGCAUUAGUGAUAUGAUAUUGUAGCUCAUCCAAGGAUGUGUGUGUUAAGGGGAGAGGAAGUUUAAUUAAGGGGAGAGUUUCUGCCGGGGUUAUCUGAGGUUGAAUUAAACACUCAAACUUUGUGCCUAACCAAAUGUUGAGUUUGCUGUUCAUUAUUUGAAAAUCUAACAGAGGUUACGGACAAAAUCAUACAUCGUCUCCAAAUACAGUGUAUUAAUUGAAAGAGAAACAUGGACAUUGAUGACUGAAUAUUAUUGCAACUGUUCCAUCUGACUUUCAGCUGUUUAUGGGGCACCCUGAGUAUACUGUAUUGUAUAGCAUAUAGUUUAUAGGUACAGUAAUUGCAUUGUUGAUUUUAUUUAGUUUUGUUUUUUGUUUUUUUGUUUUUCAUAUAAAGAAUUUCCAUUCCGAUUUGUUCAAAGUUAAAUUAUUAAAAAAAUUUAUUCAGCAGUACUUUAUGAUGAAAAAGUGAAAGUGGUAAAGAAGUUUUAUUGAUAUUUGUAACACAUUUUGAUACCAUUCUAAAUACUGUACACUAGUGUUGUUGUAACUCUUUAAGUAUAUUUUCAGCAUGAGUGUCUGCACUAUGAAAGGGAUAGACUGUAUAGGUAGUACACAAGAAAUAAGAAAGCAUUGAAUUUGUUCAUAAUAGCCAAGUGAAAAAUUUGGUUAUUAUGGUUGUAGUAUAGAAUAUUUUGUUGUCAUUAGUGAGCCACUCAGAUGUGUUAACAUAGAUUUGGUCACUUGAGUCAAUCUCAAGAAAUGAAUCAUUAUGGAUGUUAGGUGCAAUUGUAUGGUACUGUAUCAAGACUACUUAAGUACACACAAUGUCCACUUGAUACAGUCAUGUGUUUUGUUAGUUGCUUUCUAUCCAAUUUAUUUUAUAAUGUAUUUAGGUAUGUUUUGAUUAUAGGUAUGGGAGUUAAGGAAAAAGGAUCCAGGAGGGAUGUUAACCUUCCCAAGUCAGAAUAUAGGGAAUAGGAGGUUGUAUGUACUGUACUGCAUCACAGUAAGACAAACUAUAGUAAUGAAGCUCAUAGUUGAAGUUUAUUCUUUGACAUACAUGAUUUUAGUUGUGAAAGUGAGUCCCACAAACAAUUGAAUAGACUAGUGGUGCUAUUUAUCUGGAAUUGGUUUAAUUUUAUUUUGACUAUCUCUUACCAUCAUCUCACAUUUUGUUCUUGGUGGAUGAAACAUUUUCUUUUAAGCAUGUACCUUUUUUCUGUGAUCUCCAUACAUAAGACUGCAUUCCUGUACACUGCAUAAGAGAACUAAUACUGUAUCAUUAUCUCAGCCUAAUCCAGUUUCCAGAUCACUCUACUUCCUCAUGUUAUGCUUACUGAAACAAAAACCAUUAUAAUUUCUCACUGAAUUGAA